AUGGGUCAUCAUGCAGACCCAAACAAGUACGUGGCAUACCGCGACGCCACGGUGCUGCAGCGGCGCAUCGAGACCUUUGUACUGGUGUUUUCCGUCAUGAUUAUCGCUCUGGUAAUGACCUUCUCGUCGGUUCAGCACCGCGAGGCCCCGUGCCAGGAUCGUGCGCACGAGGCCGAGUUUGACUUCAUGAUCCGUUCAGACUCCACCCGCGAGGCCAUAGUGACAGCGCUGCAGACGAUCCUGAAAAAGCGUCGCUGCUGGCUGGACUUUGCUCCUCAGAACGACGAUGCGCCGACAAUGGUGCAGCUGAACGUGCUCGACACCACGACUGGCCUUAUCGCCGGGCGUGGCUUCCGUUUGGUGCGUCGCAGUCAUGGCUCAAACUACCAAUACGAGCUUCGCGCUGUCUUUGACAAACUGUGCGGCACCUAUCCGCCCAUCUCCAUGGAGGUGAUGGCCAACGUGGACUACGAAAGGGUGACGUACUACAUCAAAGCCGCCUCCCUCAUGAACAGCACCGUAAAAUACUUGCAACACAGCUCGUUGCUCACGAAGGAGAAGAACCGCGUGACAACCGUGACGCAGCUGCAGUCAGUGUUUCCAGGUUUUCAUCAGUUGGGCCCCAGCACAGCGCGUUUGUCGACGCUUCAGUCGGCCAAGUACACAGUGGAGGGUGUUUCGCAGGUCUACUUCAACGGCAGCCCACUCGACAUCCGCGUCCAUGUGCAGCACUGGCAAUCUGACAAAGGUACGCCGGACUUCUGGCGCGUCGUGCUGAGCACGCAGAACAUCAUGGCGGAGCGGGAUCUUGUCUCCCUGCAGUCUAGCAUUCGCGAAGGCUUAAUGAGACUCGACCUGCUGUGCAACACAACGUCGGCGCGGUGCGACGACGAGCUCGAUCUCUACCUCUGGUGA